AGGUCCAAAUUGUUUACAUAACCAUACCACUGGAAACGAAAUGAGGAACAGUGGGGUAACUGCCUUGGGGCAGAGGGAUUUGGGAUUUGAUCUAGCAACACUUUCGUUUACUAGCCCACCGCUAGUAAACUAGGCUACCUGCCGCCCCAGGUGGUGGGCUUGUUCUUUGUUUUACCUAUAUAAAGGUUCUAAUCAUGGACUUCGUGUGCAUAUGACACUAUGAGAUGUAUAACCUUUUGUCUGCAUAUGUGCUGAUUAAUAUAUGUCCACUUUAAAUCCUUGAUUCACCAACUAAGAGAUCAACAAUGUGUCAAGUGCUGCUCCGAAGCUCAGCAGUUUUUCCGGAAAUAACUCAACUUUACUGUUGUUCUUCUUGUAAAUUCAACAGAUGAUCCGGUUAUAAUGGCAUUCGGUAAGAACAACUUUUCCUGUUCCUGUUUCGGGGAUUAUUGUGUUUAACAGGUAGGCUAAAAUCAACAGUAAGGCAAGUACUCUGCCUCUUCUCAAUAUAUGUAAGAUAUGAAAUCGUGUUCAAAGUGAUAUCCUGUCGUGUCAUUGGGGAAGACCAUACAAGGUCAUAGCUUUGUAAACAUCCCUGUGCUCAUGAGAUGGAGGAGGCGUACACAGAGCUGUACAGGGAGUUCCUCCAACUGCGCUUGCUGUGUCUGAAGCAGGCUGCUUUACUCAAUAAACUCACAGAGAAACUGAGGACACAGCAAGGAGGAGCCCCUGUUCCUGAUGGAGACCCCAGCGUAAUGGCAUCAAUCCCAAUCCAGUGUACCCAGAAGAGCUCCGGUGCUCUCCCUGCAUGGCCAGAAACCCCAAUGGUCCCAACACACAACCCUGCUGCACACUAUGGCAUUAUAAGGCCAUCUGGGGCCAUGGGGUCACUCACUAAUCUACUGGCUGGGGAUUUGGGCAGUCUACGGCUGGACUUUGCUCAUCCAGGGACAGAAAGGAAGGAGGUCCUCAAAGCCACCCCCCUAGGACCUCUGGACCUACCUGGGGGUAAUGAAGAGAUGGCACCCUCCAGUGUCUCUGGGGACUCGAAGCAAGCAGGUCGAUUUUGGAGUGAUGAUAUGACCCGACAAAUGGUCAGGAUUCCCUCGGCAUGUGGCUCCUUCCUGGACAGUGAGUUUCUAAGCCAGACCGGGGGGAUGAUGCUGAUGUCAGAGGUGGCGCUGCAGUCUCAUGUGUGUGACUUCUGUAAUGCUGUAUUCCCCGGCCACACCACCACCAGGGGAGACUUCAUGUGCCACCUCCACACACACAUCACCUAGAACAUUAUUUCCCAACCAGGGGAAAUAAAUACUUGAGAAGACCGAUGAGACCAUGGGCUUACUGGUAAAACGCACAUGAGGGUGUAAUUCAGGGGUACUCCAGGCAGAGCAAAAAACUGUUUGUGUUACAGUAACCGAAAAUGGUUGGGAACCACUGACGUAGAACUCUGCUUCCCUGCACCAACUCCAUCACACACACAUCACCUAGAACACUAGUUCCCUGCACCGACUCCACACACAUCAUCUAGAACACUGGUUCCCCCAUAACAUCUCCACAAACACGUAAUCUAGAAUCCCCAUAACAUUGUUUCUGUAUCACCUAGAGUAGCUGUUUCCCCAUCACUUAGAUUAGUGGCUUCCUCAUAAUGUUUCCUCUGCAUCACCUAGAGUAGUGGUUUCCCCAUAAUAUUGUUUCUGCAUCACCAAGAGUAGUGGUUUCCCCAUAAUAUUGUUUCUGCAUCACUUAGAGUAGUGGUUUCCCCAUGUUUCCUCUGCAUCACCUAGAGUAGUGGUUUCCCCAUAAUAUUGUUUCUGCAUCACCAAGAGUAGUGGUUUCCCCAUAAUAUUGUUUCUGCAUCACCUAGAGUAGUGGUUUCCCCAUAAUAUUGUUUAUGCAUCAGAGUAGUGGUUUCCCCAUAAUGUUUCCUCUGCAUCACCUAGAGUAGUGGUUUGCCCAUAAUAUUGUUUCUACAUCACCUAGAGUAGUGGUUUCCCCAUAAUAUUGUUUCUGCAUCACCUAGAGUAGUGGUUUGCCCAUAAUAUUGUUUCUACAUCACCUAGAGUAGUGGUUUCACCAUAAUAUUGUUUCUGCAUCACCUAGAGUAGAGGUUUCACCAUAAUAUUAUUUCUGCAUCACCUUGAGUAGUGGUUUCCCCAUAAUGUUGCUUCUGCAUCACCUUGAGUAGUGGUUUCCCCAUAAUGUUGCUUCUGCAUCACCUUGAGUAGUGGUUUCCCCAUAAUGUUGCUUCUGCAUCACCUUGAGUAGUGGUUUCCCCAUAAUGUUGCUUCUGCAUCACCUUGAGUAGUGGUUUCCCCAUAAUGUUGUUUCUGUAUCACCUUGAGUAGUGGUUUCCCCAUAAUGUUGCUUCUGCAUCACCUUGAGUUGUGGUUUCCCCAUAAUGUUGCUUCUGCAUCACCUAGAGUAGUGGUUUCCCCAUAAUGUUGUUUCUGCAUCACCUUGAGUAGUGGUUUCCCCUUAAAGUUGUUUCUGCAUUGUGACCUACCUGCCACCUCCACACACAUCACCUAGACCAUUUAUGAGAUUUGCUUGUUUUCCCCAAGAAAUGUAUUAUUGAUUUCAAUGAAAAAGGUUCUUACAACAUAUAUGUAUUGAUUAAACAGUCUGUUUUCUAUGAAACUGAGAAAUGUACAUAUACCACUGUUUUCUUAUAGCACUAGAGGGCAGUAACAACAUAUGGUAGGCUAUAUCAUGGGAUUUGUCUCAGUUAUCUCGUUAUUACUGGUACUGUUUUAUUACUAAAACUAAUAAAAGGACAUACAGUCAUUUAUAAACAGCUACACAAUCCAUUAUAAUGUUACACAUAAUAUAUGUAUAAACAUAGAAAUAUACUUGCAUAUUUAUCCUAUCGUUGCUUUCGAAGGAAAACCUCGUAACUUCGUAACCAUUCAUUUUUUUCAUUGUGCAUUGACAUUUUUACAUGCAUCGACUCUAGGGCCAAGAAAAUGUAGUAUUCAAAAUAGCUUCUGAAGUUCUUAACUGUAUGUUUGUUAAUGGUAAAGUAUGGCUGUUUUCUAUUUUGGAGAUAAGAGGUUUCAUCCAACACAGACACUAUGUAGGUACAAUUUCUAUCAUGAUUCUCUGUUGAAUGUAGAGCUGAAUUGAUUAAUAAAUUAGGCCAAUUUUCUUCAAAUAAUA